AUGUCCUUAAACAACUUCAGCAUCGGAAGCAGUGGCCGUGGCUAUGGAAAACUUGAUGAAUAUGGUCAACCUCAACGGCAGAGUUAUGGUGGAAGUCAGCCUCGAACAUACCAACAUGGCUCAGGUAGGAGUACCAUGGAGCCUCCUCCUUUAAACCUGACCGAAAGAAAUACUCCAUCACCAUAUCCGACACAUAACAACCCUCUGCCCCCAAUCAGCUCGUUCCUAAGAUUGGCUGCUCAAUCAUCACAUCAUCCAACACAGACCUCUAGUACUACGAGCUUAAGAUCGCCAGCUAAUUUCAACGUUCCUGCCGCUCGCUCGCAUUAUGGUACGACUAGUCAAUCACAGCACUAUCCAACUUCCGAAUCAAGAAGUCGUGAGGCUUCUAACUCUCUGAGUGAUACAAAACGCUUCCAAGAACUUGGCAGUGAAAAGUAUCAACUCUCAGCUCCAAUUCAACGAUCCACUAUGAAGAAAAGAGGCAACGAGGGCACGGAUUUUAUGCAGCAUUUUCCGGCUGGUAUCCCAACUUCAAUGCCGCGUUCACCUCUUCCUUCAGAUAGGCCAGAAAGAGAUAUAAGUACCUUAUCGUCUAGACAGGCAAAAAAAGAGCAGUCUCGGAGAAGACAUAAGGCGAAAGAAGGAUCGAAAUCUCGCAGUUCUCGUCCAAUCGCAUCGAUGCCGCACCAACAGCCAUUGAAAGCCUAUUCCGAAUCCCUACAACAUUAUCUCACAUCUGUUGAAAGCCCACAGGCCUUUGAAGGCAACAGCCAUCCGACAGAAAAGAUGCCAGCGGAUUUUGACAUGGAGUGA